AUGACGCUCAAGGAGGAGUUCCAAACGCGAAACUUCAGCAUCUACGGACAAUGGCUUGGAAUUCUUUCCAUGAUCAUCUGUCUGGCUGUUGGAAUCGCCAACAUCUUCUCGUUUCAUGUAGUUCGCAUUAUCUUCUGCGCCUUUGCUAUCGCAUCGGCCUUUGUCAUUCUUUUCAUCGAAGUCCCUCUUCUUCUUCGAAUCUGCCCAACCUCCGGCAAGUUCGAUGAGACAAUUCGCAAGAUCUCGACCAACUAUAUGCGCGCGGCCGCCUACGGCGUCAUGUCUGCUCUGCAGUUUAUUAGUAAUGUCAGCGGUGCAAGCAGCUUGAUUGCCGCUGCUGUCUUCCUGCUACUGACUGCUCUUUGCUACCUGCUUGCCGGUAUCAAGGGUCAGGCCUUCGUCGGCAGCAAGACCCUCGGUGGUCAGGGCGUCGCGCAGAUGAUUGUGUAG